AUGGUACAAGAUGCAGGAGGAGGUUCUCGGGACGCCUGGGUGUCCCUGGCUGCCCCCCACACUGGACGCAGCUGGGACCAGCGGCGCCCCCUGUGGUGGGCUGAGGCAGCGCCGGCUGAGUGGCUCUGCCCGUGCCCCACCUGCUCCCCCAGUCAGCCCCACACACUCUGGACCCCCAACUGCGCUGCAGAGGAGGAGGACUCCGCCUCACGACCACCGCAGCCAGAGGCGGAGUGCAGCGUGCAGUCGCAGUGGCGAGUUGCGACGUUCCAGAGGUCGAGCUCCGUGAUAGCAGCCGAGUACUGCGGCGCUCUACGUCCUUCUGCGGCAGUGAGCGGCGAGCUGAGGGAGGCGGAGCAGCCGAGAGAAUCGUCCACAAUGGAAGCAGUGCAGGAGGUGAGCUUGGGCGCCCUGCUGGACGCUGGGGACGGCGCCGUGGUGACUCUGGUGGCCGGCGACACCCGACUAGUGGCGCACAGGGCCAUCCUGGCCGCCAGGAGCCCCGUGAUUGCCGCCAUGUUCCGCCACGGCACGCCGGAGGCCAGCAGCGGCCAGCUCGCAGUCCCUGACGUGGAGGGUCCGGUACUGCAAGAGCUGCUGGGCUACCUCUACACCCUGCAGGCGCCCCAGCUGCCCGGCAUGGCCCACCAGCUGCUGGCCGCCGCUGACAGAUACGGAGUGUCCGUCCUGAAGGCAGAGUCCUGA